AUAGUUAAGCCAUCCCUCGUUGUCAUCGAUAACUAAAGAAAGUACGCAGCCGAAAAAAAGCACACACGUCACAACACUUUAGUGGAGUCGCCAGAAAAGAUAGCUUAGUCAAGAUGGCCAAACAAGUGGCCGAUUUUCAGACCAGCAAAGUCCAGUUUUACCAGAAGCUGGCCCUGGCCAUUAUCCUAGGAGCGGUGCUCCUCUCCCUGCCGGAAUUCUGUGCCGGUCAGGGUAAUCCCAGUUUCAAAUACUCGCGGGAAGCCAAUGAAAACUUUGAUCCGAAGAAGGCUCCGCCGGUUGUACAUGACCACCACGACCACGACCAUGACCAUGAUCAUCACGAUCAUGAUCACCACGGGCACCACGAUCAUCAUGACCAUGAUCACCAUGACCACGACCAUCAUGACCACCACGAUCACCAUCACCAUGAACAUGGGCAUUCAAAAGGCAAGCCGGCUUUGGAUAUGAACACCAUAUGGCUGCACUCGAUAGGAUCCACACUUCUUAUCAGCGCUGCUCCCUUCGUGCUGCUUUACAUCAUUCCUCUUGAUAACAGUGAGGCGAUGAAGCCACGUCUGAAGGUUCUAUUAGCCUUCGCAUCCGGCGGUCUGCUGGGCGAUGCUUUCCUGCACUUGAUACCGCACGCCACACACCCGCACUCCCAUGGAGAUCACGAUCAUGAGGACGGACACCACCACCACCAUCAUCAUCACCAUGAGGGAGAGGAGGAUGGCCAUGGACACGUUCAUGAUAUGUCCGUUGGCCUGUGGGUGCUGGGGGGCAUUAUUGCCUUCUUAUCGGUUGAGAAACUCGUGCGUAUUCUGAAGGGAGGCCAGGGAGGACAUGGGCACAGCCAUGGAGCACCCAAGCCGAAGCCCGUUGAGACCAAAAAGGCUUCGAACAAAGAAAACGGAGAUGGAGACAAGAAGGCCAAGUCCAACAAGCCGAAAGACAACAAGAAGGAAGCCGAGCCGGAAGGUGAGGUAGAAAUCUCCGGCUACUUGAACCUGGCGGCUGACUUUGCCCACAACUUUACCGACGGCCUGGCUAUCGGAGCAUCUUACUUGGCGGGCAACAGCAUCGGCAUCGUCACCACCAUUACUAUUCUGUUACACGAAGUUCCUCAUGAGAUCGGAGACUUUGCUAUCCUGAUAAAGUCUGGGUGUUCGCGACGAAAGGCGAUGCUGCUUCAGCUGGUCACAGCGUUGGGAGCAGUGGCAGGAACAGCUCUAGCCCUUUUGGGAGCUGGAAGCGGUGAAGGAGACACCUCCGCACCCUGGGUACUGCCUUUUACUGCUGGCGGAUUCAUUUAUAUUGCGACGGUCAGCGUGUUGCCGGAAUUACUGGAGGAAUCCACAAAGCUGAAGCAGUCGUUGAAGGAAAUCUUUGCGCUGCUCACCGGCGUGGGAUUGAUGAUUGUCAUUGCCAAGUUCGAGUAGGGGUAAUUGUGUGAAUGCAAAGCAACUUAAGUUAUGGGGUUUCCAGCUAAUCAACGGACAGUUUUAAGCAGAUCUAGGAUCAGGUUUCACCCAACCUAAAUUCAGAAAAAAAAAAACAAUUAUUUCAAUAUGCGCAUUAACAUUUUAAACAAUGCCAUAUUUAAUUAAGACUCAGUUUUUCGAUCAACCUGCUUAGAAUUAUUCUAGGAUUAUAUUCCGAACCCAUAGUAAUAUGUUUAAAAGAAUCGAUUCAGCUUUAAACAGUUUUGAUUGCCCUUAAAAAUUGUGCUUUCUUUCCUUCGAAGUGAAGUUUUAAAAUAAGUCUAAAUACACACUACACAAAAAAUA